AUGGCAUCAAUCGAAGUUGCAGUCAUCGGUGCUGGCCUUUCAGGCCUCGCACUGGCACUGUCUCUCCACAAACAAUCCAUCCCGUGCACAAUCUACGAGGCACGAUCAGCGUCGCUAGACAUUGGAGGUGCAAUCAUGCUCUCUCCCAACGCCUUACGUAUUCUCGAUGGCCUUGGUAUUUACCGGAAGAUCAAAGCUCACGGUUUCGAAUUCCAAGACUUGCACUUCUACACCGACAAGCCACUCGAGCUGUUCGAGUUCGGAAACAAAGAGAAAUACCAGUACGACGCACUGCGGAUCUACCGGCAUGAGCUGAUCAACGUUUUGGUCUCUGCGCUCCAGGAGAAGGGGAUCUCCAUCCAGUAUGGCAAGAAGUUCACUCGCGUGCUGACCGAGUCGGAGUCCGAAGUGACUUGGGCAUUUGAAGACGGCCAGACAGGGCGAGCAGCCUGCCUUGUCGGAGCUGAUGGGAUUCACUCACGAGUUCGAAGAUAUCUCUAUCCCGACCUCGAGCCCCAAUUCACCAACGCGGUGGGCGUGACUGCUGUGGUGCCGACAAGCCAGCUCACGGGUACAGAGGCAUACAAAAUGCCCCUGACUAUUAUGAACCCAAGCUACGGCGCCUUUGUAAUUGCACAGCAAUUGGCCGACGGCUCUGAGGUUCUCAUUGGGAAGCAAAAGCGCGCAACGGAAAUCGGACGCGACGGAUGGAAUCAGCUACUCCACAACAAGGCAUGGUGCGUGGACUUUCUUCGCCAGGGGUCGGAGAGUUUCCCUGAAAUCGUAGGAUCCGCCGUCUCCAAGAUCUCUCCUGAUGAAAUCAACCUUUGGCCGUUUUAUGUGGUGCCCAGACUCGACACAUGGGCUUCGAAGCAUUCCCGAGUGGUCAUUCUUGGCGACGCGGCUCACGCGAUCCCUCCCACGGCUGGACAGGGAGUCAACCAGGCCUUCGAGGACGUUUACACAUUCUCUACGAUCCUAGCCAAGUGCAACCAGGCAAACCUGGAGCAAGGACUGGAGAUCUGGCAGAAAGGUCGUCAAGCGCGCAUCGAUCAGGUGCUGAAGCUGAAUGCCCAGAUUGACGCGCGAAGAAUGCCUCAGGACCAUGGUUCUUCUGCAGGCUUGGACACUGAGCCGUUUGACUUGGCAUGGCUCUACAGUCCUGAUUUUGAUGAGAUGGUGGAAAGUUGGUUGGUUGAUUUGGUGUGA